GUGGAAACUCCAGCAGAGGGUUUUUGAAAGCAGGUUGCACUUCAUUCUUGCUGAGCGAGUGCACAUGUCUGUGUGUGUGUGCGUGUGUGUGUGCGUGUGUGUGCGCGCGUGUGUGUGUGUGUGUGUGUGUGUGUGUGUGUGUAUGCAGCGCCCCUGGGUCUGUGUUUUUAUUGCACUUUCCUGCUCGCUUCCAGCCGCACCGCCAGUUCCGGGGAGGGCCCUGGGCCAGCGGCUGUCCGUCCCCCCUCCUUCAUAAAGUCCUGGCCUCGGGACAGCCCGCACAGCUGCCCAGCCUGUGGAGACGGGACAGCUCCUGUCCCACUCACUCUUUCCCCUGCCGCUCCUGCCGGCAGCUCGAACCAUGGGAGGCCUCGUCUUUCUCGCAUUCUGUGUCUGGCUGACGCUGUCGGGAGCUGAAACCCAGGACUCCAGGGGCUGUGCCCGGUGGUGCCCUCAGAACUCCUCGUGUGUCAAUGCCACCGCCUGUCGCUGCAAUCCAGGGUUCAGCUCUUUUUCUGAGAUCAUCACCACCCCCACGGAGACUUGUGACGACAUCAACGAGUGUGCAACACCGUCGAAAGUGUCAUGCGGAAAAUUCUCGGACUGCUGGAACACAGAGGGGAGCUACUACUGCAUGUGCAGCCCGGGAUAUGAGCUUGUUUCUGGGGCAAAAACAUUCACGAAUGAGAGCGAGAACACGUGUCAAGAUGUGGACGAAUGUCAGCGGAACCCAAAGCUCUGUAAAAGCUACGGCACCUGUGUCAACACUCUCGGCAGCUACACGUGCCAGUGCCUGCCUGGCUUCAAGUUCCAACCUGAGGACCCGAAGCUCUGCACAGAUGUGAAUGAAUGCACCUCCGGACAAAACCCGUGCCACAGCACCACCCACUGCCUCAACAACGUGGGCAGCUAUCAGUGCCGCUGCCGUCCGGGCUGGCAACCGAUUCCGGGGUCCCCCAAUGGCCCAAACAAUACCGUCUGCGAAGAUGUGGACGAGUGCAGCUCCGGGCAGCAUCAGUGUGACAGCUCCACCGUCUGCUUCAACACCGUGGGUUCGUACAGCUGCCGCUGCCGCCCAGGCUGGAAGCCCAAACAUGGAAUCCCGAAUAACCAAAAGGACACUGUCUGUGAUGAUAUGACUUUCUCCACCUGGACCCUGCCCCCUGGAGUCCACAGCCAGACGCUUUCCCGAUUCUUCGACAAAGUCCAGGACCUGGGCAGAGACUCCAAGACAAGCUCAGCUGAGGUCACCAUCCAGAAUGUCAUCAAAUUGGUGGACGAACUGAUGGAAGCUCCUGGAGACAUAGAGGCCCUGGCGCCACCUGUCCGGCACCUCAUAGCCACCCAGCUGCUCUCAAACCUUGAAGAUAUCAUGAGGAUCCUGGCCAAGAGCCUGCCUAAAGGCCCCUUCACCUACGUUUCCCCUUCGAACACAGAGCUGACCCUGAUGAUCCAGGAGCAGGGGGACAAGAACGUCACUCUGGGUCAGAGCAACGCACGCAUGAAGCUGAAUUGGGCUGUGGCAGCUGGAGCCGAGGAGCAAGGCCUCGCCGUGGCGGGCAUCCUCUCCAUCCGGAACAUGACAACAUUGCUGGCCAACGCCUCCUUGACCCUGCAUUCCAAGAAGCAAGCCGAACUGGAGGAGAUAUAUGAAAGCAACAUCCGCAGUGUCCAAUUCAGACGCCUCUCGGCCGUCAACUCCGUCUUUCUGAGCCACAACAACACCAAGGAACUCAACUCCCCCAUCCUUUUCGCCUUCUCCCACCUUGAGUCCUCCGGUGGGGAAGCGGGAAGAGACCCUCCUGCCAAGGACGUGAUGCCUGGGCCACGGCAGGAGCUGCUCUGUGCCUUCUGGAAGAGUGACAGCGACAGGGGAGGGCACUGGGCCACCGAGGGCUGCCAGGUGCUGGGCAGCAAGAACGGCAGCACCACCUGCCAAUGCAGCCACCUGAGCAGCUUUGCGAUCCUUAUGGCUCAUUAUGACGUGGAGGACUGGAAGCUGACCCUGAUCACCAGGGUGGGACUGGCGCUGUCACUCUUCUGCCUGCUGCUGUGCAUCCUCACUUUCCUGCUGGUGCGGCCCAUCCAGGGCUCGCGCACCACCAUACACCUGCACCUCUGCAUCUGCCUCUUCGUGGGCUCCGCCAUCUUCCUGGCCGGCAUCCAGAACGAAGGAGGCCAGGUGGGGCUGCGCUGCCGCCUGGUGGCCGGGCUGCUGCACUACUGUUUCCUGGCUGCCUUCUGCUGGAUGAGCCUCGAAGGCCUGGAGCUCUACUUUCUUGUGGUGCGCGUGUUCCAAGGCCAGGGCCUGAGUACGCGCUGGCUCUGCCUGAUCGGCUAUGGCGUGCCCCUGCUCAUCGUGGGCGUCUCGGCUGCCGUCUACAGCAAGGGCUACGGCCGCCCCAGAUACUGCUGGUUGGACUUUGAGCAGGGCUUCCUCUGGAGCUUCCUGGGACCUGUGACCUUCAUCAUUUUGUGCAAUGCUGUCAUUUUCGUGACUACCGUCUGGAAGCUCACUCAGAAGUUUUCUGAAAUCAAUCCAGACAUGAAGAAAUUAAAGAAGGCGAGGGCGCUGACCAUCACGGCCAUCGCGCAGCUCUUCCUGUUGGGCUGCACCUGGGUCUUUGGCCUGUUCAUCUUCGACGAUCGGAGCUUGGUGCUGACCUAUGUGUUUACCAUCCUCAACUGCCUGCAGGGCGCCUUCCUCUACCUGCUGCACUGCCUGCUCAACAAGAAGGUUCGGGAAGAAUACCGGAAGUGGGCCUGCCUAGUUGCCAGGGGGAGCAAGUACUCAGAAUUCACCUCCACCACGUCUGGCACUGGCCACAAUCAGACCCGGGUAAGGGGCUGCGCCUGGGGCGGGUGUGGGCAGGAAGGCACCAGGGCUAGCGGGGCUCAGGCCUCUGGGCUCUCCUCUCCAGGCCCUCAGGGCGUCAGAGUCCGGCAUAUGAAGGCGCAUCGUUCUGGACGGUCCAGCAGCUCCUGUGACCACAGCAGCUUUGUACACGAAGACCAUCCAUCCUCCCUUCGUCCACCGCUCUGCUCCCUCCACCCUCCCUCCGAGCCCCACGUGUGCCACCAGGAGGGAGUGGCAGUGAGUGGCAGCUAUAGUCUGGCACCAAAGUCCAGGACACCCAGUGGGGUGGAGUUGGAGCCACUGGUCCUGCUGCUGGCUGCCUCUCUGCUCCACCUUGUGACCCAGGGUGGGGACAGGGGCUGGCCCAGGGCUGCAGCAUGUUGCCCUGGCACCUGUGGCCAGUACUCAGGACAGACUGAGGGCUCUUGUCCCGUCCUGGACUUUUCCUCUCAUGUCUUUGCUGCAGAACUGAAGAGACUAGGCGCUGGGGCUCAGCUUCCCUCUAAGCUAAGACUGAUGUCAGAGGCCCCACGGCGAGGCCCCUUGGGGCCACUGCCUGAGGCUCACGGUACAGAGGCCUGCCCUGCCUGGCAGGAGGUUCUCACUGUUGUGAAGGUUGUGGACAUUGUGUAAUGUGUUUUUAUCUGUUCAAACUUUUCAGUGUUGACACUUAAAAUUAAACACACGCAUACAGAA